AUGUGCUUCAAAUGCAAUUUUCCGGCGGUGCAGUCCAUGCAGAAGACUUACAAGAUGAUAAUGCAAUGGCUGCAGGAUGGUACGACACCCUGUAAAUUUGUGUACGCCAAAAUAGAGGUAUUCCCAAGGUUUGGUGGAGGCCGUGAGGCUGUUGAAUUGCUGAGUCGAGGUCUCCAAUUGUGGGGCGCGAUCUUGGAAAAUAUUGCAGAGAGGAGUCAGAAAUCCAAAUCGAGACUGAUAUUGGCUCAGAUGUCAUGGCGAUGGCGUCAGCGCCAGCCCAAAAAUGCUAAAAUCCGAACAAAGUUUGGUGGGAGCUUCUGGGGGCCUAAGAAUGAGGAAGAAUGCAAAACAAGCGACGGUUCCGGGGCACCGGCCAAUAUCUGUGGAGCGAAAGCAAGACCUUUUGCGUUCGGCGCUCUAAUGAGCAGCCGGACAACGAAUAUGUCGAGGGCGAAGCAAUAA